AUGUCGUCGACCACUCUAGAUCUGGGCGCCGAGUCUCAACUAUCGGACAAGAAGGCUAUAAGAAAGAAACUGCACGGCCUCCUAUCUUCGCUGCCAUCCGAUCACGUCCAACCCGUCAAUGCCACAAACUCGCUCUUGUCACUGCCAGAGUACAAAAAUGCUCGUUCGAUCAGCAUCUUCAUGUCAAUGCCUUCUGGCGAGAUCAACACCAGAGAUCUUACCAAGCAUGCUCUGAGCUCGGGAAAGCAUGUCUUUGUGCCGUACAUCUACAAGCCUAAGCAGCCUCGUCAAGAUAAUUUGCCCACCUCCAUCAUGGAUAUGCUGCAGUUAACCGAUGAAGAAGACUAUGCUUCGCUCCUGCCUGACAAGUGGGGUAUUCCAUCAAUACCCAAGGAGACUGUCUCAGAUCGUGCAAACUCAUUCGGAGGGCAAGGCGUAAGUGAUGGAGACUCACCAGCUCCUGAUGCAGCAGGUCUAGACGUGAUUCUCAUGCCCUGCAUGGCCUUUGACCAAGAUCUGAAUCGUCUGGGUCAUGGCAAAGGUUACUACGACAACUUCCUCACGCGGUAUUGUUCGGCACAAACAGCAGAUGGACAGAACAGAAAGAAACCGUUUUUGGUGGGGUUUGCGCUUGCUGAGCAAAUGCUUCCUUCUCAAUAUCGUCUGCCGAUUGAUCCAUGGGACUGGAAGGUGGAUGCGGUGGUGCUCGGAGAUGGCGGGUCAGAGGCCAGAUUGGUGAGGGCUUGA